AAAAAAAAAAAGAACCAACACACAACGACAACAUGUGUCGGUGGUUUGCCUACAUCUCGCCCGAUGAAGAAUGCCUCCUGGAGGACGUCCUCAUCACCCCCGAACACGGCAUUGCCAAACAAGUCCACGACCACUACCUCCCCAAGCUCUUCUCGCACGUCCCCGGCGAGCAGACGACCAAGCUCGAGAUCAGCCUGCGGAACCGACUCAACAACGUCGACGGCUUCGGCCUGGUGUGGUACACACCCGUGCGCUCGUCGUUCAUCACCAGCAUUGACGGGAUGCGGCCGGCGACGUACAAGAACGCGCAGCCGCCGAACAACGACGCCAACUUCCACAGCAUCUGCGCGGGGACGUCGACGACGGCCGUGUUCGCGCACAUCCGCGCCGCGACGGGCACCUCGGUGGCGGCCAUCAACAACCACCCCUUCGUGUUCGGGCGGCACACGAUCAUGCACAACGGCCUGAUCUCGCACUUCACCGACGUCCGCCGACCCUUGCUCAGCCUGAUGGAGAAGUCGGCGUACGAGAACAUCCACGGCACGACCGACUCGGAGCACCUGGCGGCCCUGUACAUCACCAACCUGACCAAGUCGGCCGGGGGCGGCCCGCAGAGCUGGGAACGGCAGUACACGCCGCGGGAGAUGCUGGGCGCGCUGGUCGACGCCUUCCACGCCAUCGUGCGGCUGCAGCAGGAGACGCUGGGCGCGGAGAACGUCCAGGCCUGCUCGCUGAACGUGUGCUGCACCGACGGCGAGCAGCUGGUCGCCGUGCGCCUGCGCAACCACGCCGUCGAGAAUCCGCCCAGCCUGUACUACAGCACCACCGCCGGCGUGACCCUGAACCGGAAGUACCCGGGCAACGCCGCGGGCACGAAAAACCCCAAUGCCACCCUCAAGCCCGAGGACCACGGCAAGCACUUCAUUGUGGCCAGCGAGCCCACCACGUACAAGAUCGAGGAGUGGAAGGUGAUUGAGAAGAACCAUGGCGUCUUGGUGGACAAGGAAGGGAACUGCACGGCGGAGAAGAUCGAGAUGCCCCAGGAGUUUCUGGCCCAGGCGGCUACGGGACGACAUUUCUGA